GAAGCGAUUUCGAAGAUUCAGAGCGGCAUGUGCGUUGUUGAACUUGUCGUUGAUCGACGAGAAAAAGAUUUCGAUCGGAGCUUGCGGAGCGAUUCCGCCAUUGAUAACGCUGUUGAUGAAUGGAUCGAAUAGGGGGAAGAAGGACGCGAUGACGACGCUGUACAAGCUGUGUACGGUGAAGGUGAACAAGGAGAGGGCGGUGAAGGGAGGGGCGGUGAAGGCGGUGGUGGGGCUGGUGGCGGCGGAGUAGAUGGCGGAGUUUUGGUGACAGUUUUUCCCUUCAAACAAAACCUAAACUGUCUUGACAUCAAUUUAUUUGAAAAUCAAGUGACAGAAAGCUCGAAUAUGAAGCUGCGUGAGUAUAUUGAUGAUACAAAGGAUUACAUUAAUAUUCAGCUUGACAAUCAUCGAAACCAGUUGAUUCAGCUAGAGCUUUUUCUAAGUUCAGGAACUGUUUCUUUAUCCAUUUAUUCUUUGGUGGCCGGAAUAUUUGGCAUGAAUAUUCCAUAUACAUGGAAUGAUCAUUACGGCUACAUGUUCAAAUGGGUAUGUCUAUCAAAAGGAUUGGGCGCUCCAGCUGGAACUGUCAUUGUUGGUUCAAAAGAUUUUAUUACUAGGGCAAAGACUCUAAGGAAGACCUUAGGUGGUGGGAUGAGACAAGUUGGCGUCCUUUGUGCUACUGCUUUAGUCGCAGUGCAAGAGAAUGUUGGAAUGCUCGAGAGUGAUCACAACAAUGCUAAGUUUUUAGCACGUAAAUUUUUUCUCCUGUUUAAUACAUUAUCAUAUACAUACACUGGCAGACCCAUAAAUUCAUGUGUUAUUUUGGCUGAUGUUUCUUUUUUACAUUUUUAUAAAUUUGGUUUUCAGAAGGACUGAAUAGAAUUGAAGGACUAAAAGUGGAUGUCAAUAGGGGAG